AUGGCCUCACAAUCCCUGCGCGCCUCCACCCAGGCCUGUGAGUUGUGCCGUCGCCGCAAAGUCAAGUGCGACGGCUUAUCGACGUGCACCAACUGUCACAUCGCCGAGGCACCUUGCUACUACCCAACCCCAAGGAAACGAGGUCCGAAGACUGCCCGGUGUCAGGUUUCUACCCCACAGGAUCCUCUGAGCUCACCGUCUUUGACCACCGAUGUCUCUGGCAGCGAUGAGAGUGCGGUUGUUGCAAGGAAUACAUACCCCUGCCCAGCUCUCAGCAGCCCGUCACUCUGCAGUGUAACGACGAGCGCCCUGUUUCCAUCUCCCGAUAUCCAAAUAGAGAGUGCUAUCCGGGUACAUCUAGAUCUCAUAGUGGGUCUACAUGCCGCCGCACCCUCCGAGACAACAGUGUCGAUCGUGAAUCAAUGUAUCCUAUUGUACACCCAGUACGUUUUCGGGACUGUCCCCAUGUGCCACGAGGCCACGCUCCGAGCGACCGCUCAGCAGUUCUUCGUCUUGCCCUCGACCAUAUAUAACUCAGCAGAAAAUCGAGCGUGGGUCUUUGAAUGUCUUGUGGCCGGGAACGCAACCAGCGAGAUGGAGCAUAUCAAGGCCCUCCGAAGGCUUACUCUUCUCACGGCCCUAUGCGCAGCUGUAUCCUAUGCGAUUCCCGAAUCCCUUCUAUCUACCAAGCACCUAACCGCCCCUCUAUUUCUCCGAGCGUCACAAAAUAUGCUCAAUUUGUAUGAGCACUAUGACCUCGAGCACCCAGACUCGUCAUCACUCACUAUCCGCAUGUUCCUCUCGUCAUCUAUACAGAUCGCCACGGGAAGCCGUGGAGUAGCGUUCCACAUCCUAAAUGAAGCCUGUUUGAUUGCAAUGCGAAUGCAUCUGUAUGACGAGAGCGCGGUCGCAAGGCAGGAUCCCAUUGAGGAGACCAUCCUUCGAAACGGGUUUUGGCAGCUCUACGUCUGCGACAAGACAGCAUUGGUAGUAAAAAGCCGCCCGGUAACCAUUCAUGAGCCGUUAUUCGAGAGUGAACUCACUCUCCAGAUCCGCUCGCAACACCCUGUGCUGCUUUUCGAUCACGGCCACGACACGGACAACAUUAAUAGUACCAGGGCAUUGGAGGACUGUCUCUUGGACGGAUUUCACGUCAUUCGCCGUCUCUGGGAAAUGGCGGCUCGGGUAAUUCAAGCCGUCGAGUCAACCCGUGAGAGGUCCUGGGACGCAUAUCCCCAUCCCAUGCACUCCAGUCACAGGGCCGCGCAGCUAUCCGAAGCAUACUUCGAGAUAAUCACCCUGACCAAUCCCUCGCCCCUUUGGACACAAUACAACUCGGCGCCGAACUCACCCGGCGAUCCUGGCUCAGCAGUGGACCAGCAUCUGGUUGACAUCUUGCAACGCCAAUGCACCAGUUACCUAAUUACGCUACACAGCAUCAAGAUCUUUGUUCUAAGUGCUGUGAUUGAAAGUAACAUGACCGAGAUCAUAGGCCUCACCACUGAACCCCUGGGGCUUGCCAUGCGACAGGUGGAGCAAGUGCAGGACUUUUUGAACGUCCUUGAGAGUGUUCCAUUCCUUCAUCUCCAGGCCGAGGGAGAGCAGUGUGUAAGUUGA